AUGUCAGUCAAUAUCAGAGAAAACAUUAAUGCAAUCAUCAAAGGUAUCCAAGAAAAUAAGAUUUUGGAGAUUUUCGAAAAAUACUAUGCUGAUGAUGUUGUGAUGUAUGAGAAAGGUGAUUCAACAAACAGAGUUGGAAAAGAUCAAAACAGAAAAGCUGAGGAAGCUUUUGUCAACAAUGCAACCAUCCAUGAAGCAAAACGUAUGUUUGAUAUCGAUAGAUUUAUUCUCAAAGUUUUGGUUGAUGGAAACAACACUGCUUAUGAAAUGUAUAUGGAUUUCACUUAUGGUGGUCACAACAUCAAGAAGACUCAAUGGGCUAUUCAACAAUGGAAUAACAAUGGUUUAGUUUUUAAUCAAUUAAGCAGUCAACGUGUGACCGCAGAAAGAGAUUAA